AAAAAGAAAAAGUAGGCCCCUUGAUAGUCUUCCUCAUCAAUCAACAAUUAAAAAGGUCACUAGACGCUCUGACAAUUACUGUUUUCAGUUUCCAACUCCCCACUCCCAGAUCUAUCGUCGAUGGACGAUGUUGCGCCGCCGACCAUGGACUGGUCGUUGCUGCCCCUCGAUGCGUUGUCCUUGAUCUUCGUCAGGCUCGGCGCCGUCGACGUCCUGAUGGGCGCCGGCCUCGUGUGUCACUCCUGGCUCAUGGCGGCGAAGUUGCCGGAGGUGUGGCGAUCUAUCGACAUGGACAAACACGAGGUUGUGCUUCUAAAGGGCGAUGGUGUCCUGUGUCAGAUGGCGAAGGCAGCUGUCGACCGUUCCGACGGACAGCUCAGGGAGUUCGCCGGGAGGCUGUUUGUCACUGAUGAGCUCAUCAAGUAUAUCGUGGAAAGCAAACAACUCGCCAAUGUUAUAAAAGAGUCACCUCUGCUGGAGCUGCAUUCCCUUGAACUUGAAAACAUUGAUCUCAUCGUGAGAAAAUUGACCGCUGUCCUUGAGAGCUGCCCUGUCCUGGAAGUUCUUGGCUUGCAGUAUUGUUUCUUGAUUGGCUCCAAUGAUGAGCAUGCCUUGCGGGCGGAAUUCACUAGGAUCAAGAUCACAACGCUCAAGUGGGAUGACGAGUGCCGCGACUAGUAAUAUUAUGAGAGCUCCGACAAUGACCAUGCUCUUGAUUCUGAAGAUGAGAGGACAUAUUAUUCAGUGUGAUCUAAGAAUAUUGUGAUCUUUAUGAUCGGUAUACCUUAUUCAGCAUGGAUCCUUAUGUUUGUGAUAGUGAUUCUCGAAUUUAUGUGGGGCUUACUUUACCAAUUCUGGCUUGUACUCCCCUUUCAAUUUUUAAUAAAUUUGCCUCUAGCGUUGUAUCAAAGGACUAGUUAUUUAAUAUGCUUGUUGAGAAAAAAAAGAAAAAACUUGAGUUAGUUCA